AUGUUCAGAUCCGACUUAUGCGCCUGUAAUGAUCAUUUCGGCCAAUUUGUUGAAAAUGAUUUGAGCUCAAGUAGCUCAAGUUCGCUCGACUUUUACGAUUUUAACGAGCUCUACGAACUUGAUACAACAUCAGAUGAUCAUUUGAUUCAAGACCAACAUUCUGCCUCUAUUUUCAAAGAAAUCGCGAUUAUCACGUAUAUCAGCUUGGGAGUACCUGCAAAUCUUUUGAUUAUUUAUGUAUCUAUUUCGUCUCUUAGAAGAAAUCCAGCUUCAAACUGGCUUAUCAUUAAUCUUUGUAUAUCUGACCUCCUCGUCCUCGUCCAUUCCAUCCUCGGCUUGUACAAAGAAUUCAAUCGAAAUUGGCGCCCUGGUUCCUCCUUCACUUGUAAAUACUACCAAGGCUCCAACCAGCUGUUUCUAACAGUCUCGAUCUUUUCCAUCGCCGCGAUUUCGUUCGAUCGUUACUACGCAAUUUCUGGCAAAGACGGGGCAAUCUCCCUAAUUGACUUCGACCACAAGCGGUUUAUAUAUUUGACGAUUUUGGUCUGGCUCAGUGCGUUUUUCAUCACAAUCCCGACUUUUCAAGCGGCGGAAUAUAGCUUGAAUGCGUUUAAUCAGUCGGAAUGUAUGCUCAAUUGGCAUCAUUUAGACAAAGAUCAAUGCUUAGUUUUGCUGGAGGGAGAAGACACAGAAGAUUGUCGGAAUUUGAACAAAUGCGCUAUCAAACAAUACCGGAAUCAGAAAUUCUAUGACAUUGUUUUUCUUCUUCUUGGGUUUUGUAUCCCCUUAUUCAUCUCCGGAUAUUCUUAUGUGAAAAUUUUGAAAGAAGUCAAACUCACCAGAGAACGAAUUUCACGCCUCUCGGGCUCGAAUCGACAAGGCUCGAAGAAUAAAUACCUACUCGUUACGAUCAUCGCUAGUUUCUGCGGAAAUCUCAUCAGCUGGAUGUGCUUUGUUCUCUUCAAAUUAUUCCGAGUUUUGAAUAUUCAUCUUUCUCACAGGGACUGUUAUUUCUUCGAGAAAGCGGAUGAUAUUCUUAUAUACACUGGACCAAUUCUCAACCCGAUUCUUUUCUCAUUCGUUGGCAAAAAUUUUCGACGAAAAUUUAAGAUGAAAUUCGCCAAUUUGAGGUCGCAGACAACAAGAAGGCUUCCAAAGCAAGAUUCGAUUACUCAAAUGAGUUUCUUGAGAAGCUUCACGGGAAGCAACGAAUCGAGUUUUCGCGUAUCGCGUGGGAGAAAAUCAGCAAGAAGAACUCCGUCCGUCGAGUCGACAAUUUAA